UGACAUGUCACCAACCACAACUUUCCGCUUGGUCCUGACUAGGGUUGUUUGAUACAACAGCAUGCUCCGAAGGUUGCAAUUUGUAUGGUCAAAAGGCGAGCAAUACAUCUCCUGAAUCAGCUAUUUUUUAAAGAUCUGAAGAAGGGGAUAUUACCAGAAUUAAAAGAUGAUUGCUAUAACCUACAUCACCUUUGUGGUAAUGCUAUGUCUUUGUGGAGCAUUUCAGUUUUUGGCAUACCAAAGAAGGAAAGACUUCUCGGAGGGAAACAAUCCACAGUUCCUAAAAUUCCAGCAUGGCUAUUUUGCGGCAUACCUUAUGGCUGUGUUUGCUGAUUGGUUGCAGGGCCCUUACUUGUACAAGCUAUAUUCAUAUUAUGGGUACCAAGAGGCACAGAUAGCAACUCUAUAUGCAGUGGGAUUUGCUUCAACCAUAAUUCUUGGUACAUGGACUCCAAUCGCUGCAGAUCAAUUCGGACGCAAGAAACUGUGUCUGCUAUUCACAGUCCUGUAUUCCAUUUCCUGUCUGAUGAAACUAUCCACUGGGUAUGGUAUUUUAUUGAUAGGAAGAAUUGUCGGUGGAAUUGCUACCUCUGUGUUGUUUUCUGCUUUUGAAGCCUGGUACAUUCACGAACAUUUAGAAACUCAUGACUUUCCAAAAGAAUGGAUUUCAGUCACAUUUGCCAAAGCUUCUACAUGGAAUGGUGUUCUGGCGGUAUUAGCUGGAGUGUCUUCCAAUUUGGUGUCAGAAGGAUUUGGAUUAGGGCCAGUCGCUCCCUAUAUGCUUGCCAUUCCAUUUCUCAUUUUCUCUGGUAUAAUGGUGUCCACACACUGGACAGAAAAUUACAGUGUUAAUAAAAUUAAAUUCAAAAAAUUAUGUGGUGAAGGCUUUAAGAUGAUAGUGACAAAGGAAGAAAUUUUCAUGUUGGGAGCUAUUGAGGCUCUGUUUGAAAGUGUGAUCUACAUUGUGAUCUUCCUGUGGACACCUAUAUUGCAGUCUGGUAAUCCUUCUCUUGGAAUUGUGUUUUCAAGUUUUAUGGCUAGCAUAUUAGUAGGGCAAGGAUUUUUCUCAGUAGUAUCAACUUCAAGACGUUUCCAACCUUCUGCUUUACUCAUGGUAUCUAUAGUAAUGGCAGUGAUCGCAAACCUUCUGCUUAUUAUAUCCACACACCCUGAGAAGAGGGAUGCAUCACUCUCGUUCUCUGCUUUGACUUUAUUUGAGGUUGCAGUAGGAAUAUAUUUUCCAGCAAUGGGAUACCUGCGGAGUCGUAUUAUUCCAGAUUCCCAUCGUUGGGGAGUGAUCAAUUGGUUCCGUGUGCCUAUAAAUCUGAUCGCUUGUGUGAUAUUGAUGCUACUACAUGAAGAUAUUUUUCAGCAUGGCAACAGAAUGAUCUUUGUCCUCUGCCUUUUCCUUCUCCUUCUUGCUGUUGCAAGUGGAGCUAGAUUUCUCAAGGUCACCAAAGACGAUGACCGGUUGAAACAGGAAGCAGCAUGGCUUGAGAGUGACCACAUACACAACAUCUUCUGAUUCUAACUAGAUAUGUGAUAUGGAUGGAAAUUUGUAGAUGGCAAAUAGAAGAUAACAGGGGUGUGCAAUUCAAUUCUUGAGUACAGAUUUUGAGAUUCGAAUGAGUGCUUAAUUUUUUCAGCCCUGUUUAAAAGGAACUAGCCAUAGCAUCGGCUGCUGGAAUUGUUCUCUCCUGACACCAUGUAUUAAUAUGAUAAAUCUAUAUAUAUUUACAUAUCUGUUUUGCUACUGCUAAUGGUAGCUUAAAAUAAAGUUGUUGUGUAUGUAUGUAUGUAUGGUGACCUUUUCAUAGUUCAUACGAAAAGGUACAAAAAUGGCAUUGUAUUUCAGGUGAUGUACAGAUGUUUGACAUUUGGGUAGUCACCAAACAAUCAUUAUUUGAACAAGAAAAACUGAUGUGUAAAUGUGUAUGGAAUAAUAACACAAGUGCUGAAUAAUUAUAUGGAUGUAU